GUUAAGUCAUUGAAUCAAUUGUCAUUGAUUGAUCAUGAUCAAAACUCGUAAUUAAAAAUCGCAGACGCUGUUAAAAAUUUUUUUAUAAUUUUGAUCAAUGUAACAUUUUUGGAGAAUUACGUUGACUUUAAAAUUUUAAAUAAUAAAAUUUGGUGAUUUUUUUUUUUUUAUUUCUACAAGAGACAAUAUAAGGUUAUAGUAUCAUGUCAGAAUUAACACGCAAUUCUUCAACGGACGAUCCGAAACUUGAACCAUUGAAUAAUUCAAUGUCCAAAAGUUUAUUUGACAGUCUCAAUCUGCAAUUCGAUGAUGGUAAGCCGAAAUUCAGACUAAAUGAGCCGUCAUACUCCACAGUUAAUAUACCUUUUCAAAAUAAUUUAAAUUGUGACGAUGAUGACGAUGAAACGUCAUUUGUUGUGCUUGGUAAAAGCUCUAUGGAUUUUAUUAAUUUAACUUCAUUGGCUGAUUAUGAAGAAAUUAAAAAAAAAAGCUUGAAUGUUGAACCAAGUUCAAUAGUUUCAACAUUGAGUCAAGAAGAAAUUGAACUGAAAGUCGCUAAGCUGAUGAAAGAAAACGUUGAAUUGAAAGAAACUUUGACCAGAAAUAAUGAUUCAAUGAAAAAACAUUUCAACACCUUGGUCAGUUGGCAAAAUGAACUGAUGAAAGUACAUGGCAGUCAUAAACAAAAAUUUUCAGAGACAUGUGAUAUGAUAUCACUGUUAAAAAAAGAAAACGCCGAAUUGAAGAACAAACUUACAGCUACAGAGUCAAUGUUAACGUCGCAAUUUACAAUUCCUGAAAAUUCUUUAGUUCACAAGCAAGAACUAGUUGGGAAUGAUCUAUCGAUGAAAAAUGUUAAUACAGACGUAAUCAAUAAUUCUGUUAUAAAAAAUUCGUUUACAGACGAUAUUCGAGAUUGUAGCUCUAAAGAAGUUACAAAUAACACCGACAUGAUAUCAAAAGAUGAUACAGAUGUAAAAAAUAAAUUUACUGAUAUGAAAUCUAUGAUGACAUCAUCGUUUACACCAGAACAGAAUAAUUUAUCAAAAACAUCUGGACCUAAAGAAAAUGACAAUGCUACUUCUAUCCAUAUAAAUUCAAGUGAAUUCAGUCUAUUAAACGAUUUUAGCACUGAGAGCUUAGCUAAAAGUUUUGAAGCAAUCUCACUUCUACAGAAAGAACAUUCUGAGUUGAAGAUGAAAAUAUCUGACUUGGAAUCUUCAAUGACAUCAUCUUUAACAUCAGAACAGGCUGGAAAUUCAAUCAAUCAGGAGAAAAAAAAUCUUUCAAUUGAAAAUCAAAAUCUUUCAAUCGAAAAUCAAAAUCAUUGCAAUAAUUCACAUAUCACAGAUUCAGCUAAUCACAACUCUAAGGAUUGUAGUCUUAAAAAACUUCCGAAAGAAAAUUCAACAGACCUUGAACAAAUGACGCAAGAUAAAAACCGUAAUGAACGAGAUAUGCAUUAUCAAAAAGAAAUAAUAACAUCUCUCAAAGAACAACUACGUUUAUUGAACGAAAAUGCGUUUACUUCUCUUCAACUCAGUCCAGAAAAUAACGCAAUUCCAGAAAAAUCUCAAGAUGAAAACUAUAAAAAAUUCUUUCAGCACUUUAAUCACUACAAUGAAAAGCUAAGUAUUUUAGCUAAGUGCUACGGAGAACAAACUUCUCACUUUAUCAAUAUCCAAGAUUGCUUGAAACGUUGUACUGAUACCUGCGAAUUAUUGUUAAAUAAUAUUGACAGCAUGAAUUUAUCUGUUGAAACAAUUGGAUCUUGUAAAGAAAUUUUGGAAAAUUGUCGAAGAAGCUUGGUUGAUGAACAGAUAAAAAAUAUUUCUUAUCGCCAAAAUUUAAUUAAAGCACAAAAUGAAUUUCAGAUAAUUUUUUCUGAUUACAAUUCUACACUUCAUGAGUUAGAAAUACUUCGUGAUGAAAAGACAAAGCCUGUAGAGGUGCAAUAUAAUUUUGAAAAAGAAAAAAAUGAAAUUACAAGAAACUUAAAAAUGUUAGAAGAUGAAAAAAGUCAAUUAUCACUUGAACGAAAAAAUUAUAUGGCUGAGCGAAUGAUUCUGGAACAAGAAAAAACGAAUCUGAGUGAAGAAAAAUCAUCACUUAAUUUUCAAAGUAUGCUUUAUGAGGCACAAAUGAGAACUCUUCAAGAUGACAUGAAGGUUUUACAAAAACGUCAUGACGAAAUGUUAUUAGAGAAUACCAAACUGAAGGAAGAACUUAAAAUGAAAAAUAUUGAAGUCGAAGGUGUUAAAGCUCGUUUUGAAAUUUCUAAAGAUGACAUUGAUAUGAUUGGUCAUUUACGGCAACAACUUGAACUCUACGAAAGUGAUUUUGAAGAAGAAAAACGCACUAAACAGGAACUGAUCCGCGAACGAGAACAUCUUACAGAUCAGCUGGGUAAAUUGCGAGAUCAUAAUCAACAUUUAUUGCAACGAUUGAAUGGACCUAAUCCAGCAGCUGUUCCUCAGAACUCACAAAACGGAAUUCCGGUUGAUGCUUUUUGUGACACCUGUGGCUUGUAUAAAAUGCCCGGGCAAUGGCAUGGUCCUGGAUGGUGUCAAGCAAUUGAUUAAUUUCAAACAGCAAUUAUAAGCCAUAACUUUAUUAAUUUACCCUGACAAAAAUUAGCUUUAAAAAUGUAUAAUAGUUUUAAAAUACAUAGUAUUGUGAAACAGUUAAUGUAAAAACAAGAAAUAUUUUUUUGCUGAAAUCUCUAUUAUAGUUAUAUACUGUAUGUUACUUGCACAAUAGCAUUGUCGUCGCGAUUUGUGACUAUUUUCGAUGCAAUUGAUAUAAGCCUGUAAAAAUAAAUUCUAUAAAAGAAAA